AUGAGCCGAAAUUGGAGUGAGGCACAAGACCCUAAGGGUCGUGUGUACUACUACCACACAGAAACUGGUGAAACGACCUGGGAAAAGCCCAUCGAACUUUUCACCGAAUUUGAACUGCAACUACAUAAACACGGUUGGAAAGCUGCGGAAACAGAAGAGGGCCAAACUUAUUAUUAUAACGAGGAAACGGGGAAGUCAAGCUGGGAGGUACCAACAUUUUCAGAUACAGCAGAAGAAGCCCCAUCUUUAGUGAACUCAGAAAUCACUGAGGACAAGGUGACAGAAACGCCAGUAGCGGAAGCUAGUACCCAUAUCAGUCCCGAAAGUAAGGACCUAAAAAGCUUAGAAUCCUAUCAUCUCAAAUCCAAGCUUGUAGAGAGCAACAACCAGCCCAGGGCUGACGCUGAACGCAUCUUUCUGCAAAUGCUUGCAGACCAUCAGAUUGACUCGACAUGGUCUUUCAAUAGAAUAAUUUCGGAACUUGGCAGCUCCGAUCCACGCUAUUGGUGUGUCGACGAUGAUCCUUUGUGGAAAAGGAAAAUGUUCGAACAAUAUCUCGCCAAUAGAACCGAAGAUCAACUUCUUAAAGAGCACUCCGCGGUGAACAAAUUCAAGGAUGCAUUUUGCUCCAUGUUGGAACAGCAUUCUCAAAUCAAGUACUACACAAGGUGGUCUACUGCAAAGCGUUUAUUUGCUAAGGAGCCUAUCUACAAACAUUCGGUGGUAAGUGAGCGCACAAAGCGUGCGGUUUUCCAAGAAUUUGUCGACGAUCUUCGCACGCAGCAUUUUGGGAACGUUGAAAAGACAAAACAACAGGCAAUAGUGGAAUUGAAGGACUACCUGAGUGGAAUUAUCCCGGACAAAGAGCAUUUAAUUUCAUGGCCUGAGCUCUCCAACAGUCACCUUUUUGAAAAUAGCACUCGGUUCACUUCCAAUAAGCAUUUUCAAACUUUGUCGAGAUAUGACGUGCUACAACAAUACGUGAACUUGGUGGACAUGUUUUCGAAAAAACUCACAGAAGACGUGGAGCAGGCCAAAGCUGUGAAUUAUACAUCUGAUCGAAAAGCCAGAGAUCGGUUUCGCCAGUUGUUGGCUGAUCACAACAAAGAGAUACGAUGUACAACUAAAUGGGAAGACAUAUAUCCUUCGAUUAAGUCGGACCUCAGAUUCAAAUCAUUGUUGGGCCGUAGCGGAUCGUCAGCACUUGACCUGUUUCUAGAUCAGGUCGAAGAAAAGGCCCUAAUCAUGAAGGCUCAACAAAGUAUCGCAAACCAAAUACUGAUUGACAACAGUUACGAGUGGGAUGCAGAUCCUGAAGUCAACACUUCGAAACUUACGGAGCUGCUAAGCAGCCAGUCACAACUAUUGGAAAUAGACAAGAAAGACCUGGUGAUAUUGAUUUCUAAACUUUUGGCCGAACGCGACCAGAAACUAGCGCGCCAGUUGGAAAUGGAGCACAGGUUGUCGGAGCAACGUAAAAACUAUUUCAAUCUUCUUCUACAACGCGUAUUUUCGAGCGCAGGAGCAAAACCAAAGACUUUCGAUGAGGCACGCGGGCAACUCGCAGAUCAUGAAGAGUAUAGAGAUCUGGGCGACGACGAUGAAACCAGAAAGCGUUUGUUCGAGGCUUUUGAACCGACCAAAAUAGUACAGCAGCAUUCAAGCGGAACCACCGGUUCCGGCCCAGUGUCGAAGCUGCUGCGAAAGCGCCAGAUGACGCCGGUAGAAAUGGAUUACUAG